AUGUUCAAGGGAAGCAGCAACAAAAUGAACGAGCACUCGUUUUAUGGGAACCCAAAUGAGCAGGACGUGAGUGACCACCACCCGAAGAGCGCCAGCAGCGUUUUCUGCAACAACAUCAUUUCGAGGCAAGAAUUUAAUAAGGACUUCCUCCGGAGUAGAAACCUUUUGGACGAAGAAAAUCUCAACGGGGGGGCGAAUUCUAACAACGGUAUGGUGUACAUAAACAGCAAUGGGGAGUUAGUGCACCUGGAGUAUAGCGGGCACGCCGCCCAUAGGGGCGUCAACGGGCAGAGGUACAGCGGGCAUGCGAGCGGUCAUGUGAGCAGUCGCGUGAGCGGCCACGUUAGCAGUCGUGCUGGCGGCCAUGUAGGCAACCACGUUAGCAGUAUUGGCAGUCUUAGCAGUCGUGUCAACGGGCAUGCCAACGGGCACACGAGCGGCCACCCUAGCGGCCACCUGAGCAGCCGCGUUAGCAGACCCAGCCUGAACGGAAGCAACGUCUUCAAGGAGAUUCCGCACAGCCAAGCUGAAUACAUCCACUCGGACCUCUUUGGAGACAAAACGAACGGACACCACAGCCCCAGCCUGAGCAGCGGCGUCCCCAUGGGUAGCGGCAUUCCCCUGAGUAACGGCCUCCCCAUGAGCAACCCACCCAGUAACAACUGCAACGUCAGUGCCAAAGAAAUAUUAAACAAGCGAUUAUUUAUAAAUAACCUCAUCGAGAUAAAGGAAAAACUUAAUAACAUUAAAAGAGAGAGGAUGGAGUAUGAGAAGGAGGACGAAGCGAAGGAAGAGGAGGAGAGUAACAACUACAUGGUCCACUUAAAAAGUUACGAAAAAAUAAAAAACUCAUAUUCGCUGACGAAUGUAAAUAAGGUGCAGGAGAAAAUUAUGAGCAAGAUGAAGUCCCAGGAGGAGAAAAAAAAAAUGUCUUACAACAGCUUUUUUGAGGAUGCCGGGGGGGACGUGGACUUCCUCGGCGCUCGCCCCAGCCACGCGGCGCAGCAGAAGCAGAAGCUGAAGCAGGCGCAGUCAUCACAACCAUCGCAGCCACCGCAUCCAUCGCAGCCACCGCAUCCAUCGCAGCCACCGCAUCCAUCGCAACCAUCGCAGCCACCACAGCAGUAUGCCAAGUUUGAAAAAAGGAAAAGCGCCGAGCAGAGGGAUGAAGAGAGCAACUACGUGUUCUACGAUCUGAAGCAGUACCUGGGGGAGAACCCCCGGCAGAAGAAGGGCUAUUUGGCGCUGAAUGCCGGCUAUGAGAGGAAGCAGGGGGAGAGGUUAUGCGAGCGGAUAGGUGACCGGCUGAAUGACCCCCUGCACGACCGCCAUUUUGAAAAAUUCUUCGUGAGGGAAGAAGAAGAGGAAGAGGAGCAAAAGGAAAAGCACAGCAAGUACGAGCAGCUUCAGAGGAUGGACAGAGGAGUAGUCAGUGGAGCUCACGACCAAAUGGUGAUGAUGAUGCUGGAGCAGGAAGGUCUGCACAACGCUAUGCAGAAGCUUCCGAGUGCUUCCAAAGUGCUGUAUACACAUAAUUUGAAGGGCCUCAAAGUGGUUGACAAGGUGAUGUGCUGCCCAUCUCCAGAAGAUGCGAACAACAAUGGGAAGAAAAACAUCCCAACUAUGAUGUACCUAGGGGGGGGGUCUGUUUCUUCCCCAGGAGUAGCCGCUAUCGGGGGUGGUGGUGGCCCAUGUGGGAAUAUUUUCCACGAUAGUAGUGUGUACGACGUGCGGACCAGUUUAUAUCUGAGCAAGGGACUAAAGGAUGAAGAUAAUUUGAAGAAAAUGCUAAGCGCCAGCACGAAGAAGGUCCUAAAGUGUGAGGAGGACUACCGGCUGCCGCCCUCCGAGGGGCAUGAGCUGUACAAUAGUAAAAAGAGCGGAGGAGGUGCAGGUUGUAUGGAAAACGGGGUAGGGCAGCAAAUCGGAGCGGGGCCGCAAAUCGGAGCAGGGCAGCAAAUCGGAGCAACCUCUACGCCGUUAAGGAAUGAAGCCGAAAGUUACCUAGGCAAAAGUUGCAGCUGUGCGAACUAUGGCAAGAAGAAAGGGGCACUCGCCGCGGCUGUAGCGGGGGGGAGCACUUCCGGGGAGCAGCUCAAAAAGGCGGCAGGGAAAGGCGAAAAGAACGGGAAGCUGCCUGAACCAGUUAAAGGGGGAGGCAGCCCCGACGUGCGCGUGGAAAACCUUAAAGGGGAAAAGAGCGUUUGUAGGAAAAACAGCGCCGCAGCUUUGAGCAACAACUUCAAUUUGAACGUGUCCGAAGCGGACCUCAAUGGAAACAAAAAUUCGAGCGAGAAGAGGAACUCCUACGAUAACAACAACGGGGUGGUCAACUGCAACGGUUGCAACGGCAGCAGUGGCGGCAAUGGCGGCAACGGCUGCAACGGCGGCAACGGCUGCAACGGCGGCAACGGCUGCAACGGCGGCAACGGCUGCAACGGCUGCAACGGCGGCAACGGCAACAGCGUAGACAACACCGUGGCGUACUUUAAAGAAAACUGCCUGAGCAAUGAAAACGUGGUGUACGACGAGGAGAAAAAAAUCUUCAAAACGAAGGAAAACUGUAACAUUAAAAUAUAUAGGAGGAGCCUAGAAAAGGAGAAGAUGCUGAACUUUCCGCUCAUCCAUUUGGGCGAAAAUGACGUCAUCGUGAAGAGGAUAAAACUGUACUACCCCCUGAGGAAUGAAAAUAUUUUUACAAACAUUUCAAAAAUUAUUUUUAUGACCAACACGAAUAUUUGUUCUUUGUAUCUGAGUGACUCCUAUCUCAUUCAUUAUGACGAUGUGAAAAUCCAGUCGUAUCUCUCUAAGGGGGGAUUUGGAGUUGUUUACAAGGGCAUCCUCUUGAGGAAGGUAAAGAAGUGCGAGCUGAUGUAUGGCGCCAGUGGGAAGUACAGCAAGGCGCUGUCAAACCAGCAGAGCUUGAAGGGGAUAGGCGUAGUUAGCGGUGGGAUCGGCGGGAGCGGUGGGAGCGGCGUUAGCGGCGAGGCUGGAGGAAGAGCGGAGGGGAGAAGAAACGCACAGAGGCAGCUGAACCAUGAGGAGGAUGACGAAGAGGAGGAAGAAUACGGGCAGGAGCAACAGUUGGAAGAUCAGCGAGAUGUGCUCCACGCAGGGGCCGAGGACAACCACGGGGAUGGUGUGAAUCAAGACGGCUCCAGCAACUACGCAGAUAAUAACAACAGCAAUAUGCAGGAUGGUGCAGAGUCCAAGGGAAACUCAGGCCAUGGCAGCGGACCAAAUGGAAACACCCCUAAGAGUGGCUCCCCCAAGGGAAGUUGCCCGAACAAGCAGUUCCCCAUGAAGAAGAAAAAGAAGAGCCACAACAGCGACAGCAGCAAACUGAGCAGGAGCACCAAGAAGUUGUGCAACUUGCGAAACCAGCUGAUUGAGAAAAUAUUUGACACGUUCAACAACCCCAUCAGCCCCAGUGUUGGCGGUGAUGGGAACGUUAGCGGAAAUGCCAUCGUCAGUGGUAACGGCAUCGUCAGCGGAAAUGGCAUCGUCAGCGGAAAUGGCAUCGUCGGCGGAAAUGGCAUCGUCAGCGGUAACGGCAUCGUCGGCGGAAAUGGCAUCGUCAGCGGUAACGGCAUCGUCGGCGGAAAUGGCAUCGUCGGCGGCAUUGGCAUGAAUGGUGAGUACCCCGUCCGAGGCGCGGAAACGGAGCGGGCGCGGGAGAAACGGGCGGGCGAGGAGCAACCGGAAGAGGAGGAAGACGAAGAAGAUGACGAAGAUGACGAAGAAGAUGGCGAAGAUGGCAAAGUUGACGAAAGGGAAAAAAAAAACAAUUGCGCCAUCGAGGAUAUUCUAAAAAGCUGGGAGAAGGCCAACGCGCGGGGGAAGAAGAAGGCGAGCAACCGAGAGGAGUACAACGGGAACAGAGAGCCCGAGGGCAUGGCGCUGAGGGAGGGCCGCAAGUUGGGUAGCGGCAAAUCGGGCAAUGGCAAAUCGGGCAGCGGCAAGGUGCGCCCGGGGGAAGGUGCUGAGGAGGAGGCAGACGAGGAAGAGGGCGCAGGUGCGGGGGAGCAGGCAUAUGUAGAAGAUGGAGCAGAUGACGAGGAGGGAGCGGGUGCUGUAGAGCAGGCAUAUGCUGAAGAGCAGGCACAUGCUGACGACCCAGCGCAGAAGCACCGAGAAGACGAAGAGGCUGCCGAAAAAAUGGACCUGAAAAAGGGAGCCAACUGCAUACACGUGCAAGAAAUAAGAAAGUUAAAAAAAAAAAUGCUGAACUUUAUUUAUUCCAAAAAAACAAGUGACAAAAUAGUAAUCGAUAGAGAUGAGUUUUUCAUUGAAGCGAAGAAAAUUCUUUAUAAAUUAAAAAUGAUAAACAACACAGAGCUGGAAAAAAAGUAUCAUGAAGAAAUUGUUGCCUACUUGCUGCUGGACGUGUACCAUAAUAAUAUGGCGUAUAAAAAUAGCCUCUCCUUCCUCUAUGUGAAGAGCAAAAAUAUAAUAACCUACGGACUGACUAAGGAAAGCCUCUACGUAUUUGACAACAAAAAUAUUUUUCACUACUACAGUGAUAAGUGUAUAUUUAAAAUUGUCUUUAUCGAUGAGCAUAAGGAGCUGAAGAGGUACCAGAGCCUGACCGUCUUCAGCGUCCUGAACAAUGAAAGGAUGAUGAAGAGCUCGUCCAUCCUCAAGAAUGAGAUUAAUAAGCAUAAGAAUGGCCUCAACAAAUUGGCCAUCAUCCCCUUUAGCAAGAUGAAUAUGAGUCACCUUCUCAAUGCGCUGAUUUUUGGUUUUUUAAAAUUCCUUUUCAAUUUGAGGAAGAAGUAUCACAAGCAGCCCAAAAACUGCUCCUGCUACCCGCAAGCGGACGACCUGCAGGGCAGCCCAAAUGGUAAUGCCAACUCAGCGAACAGGGCGGUGGAGGCAGAACAAAUGAACCAGGCGAACGGCCCAAGUAAUAACGUCUUUUUCUCCAACCUGAAGUAUGCCAAUUCGGAUGCGUGCGGUGGGGGGAGCGGUGUGAGUAGCGGCGGAGGAGCUAGCGGGGGCCCUCUCCAUUUUAGUAAGGAAGAUAGAGAUUCCAUCAUCCUGCAGGAGAAAAUCAACAUGCUGGACGAGUUCCUCUGCUGCAACUACGAGGAAGUGAGUGCGGACUAUGCGGGGGGGAGAAGCAGGAUGAUGGGUGGGGGCAGCGGGAACAACGAGAGGAGUGACGAGACGGAGAAUAACAACGGGGCUGGCAGCGGCGCAGGAAGUGGGGGAACCGCCCAUGGCAGCAGCGGAAGGAGCAACAACAUGCAGAGAGACGAGGCAGACAAAAUGGGAAGCACAAACAAGGCGAACAUGCACCUGAGCAAUAACGGAGCGGGAAGCAGCACCCAGCUGAACACGAACAAUACGGAUGAGUCAAAAACUACCAUGUUGAUGAAUUUGUCCAGGAAUAAAAACGGCUAUAAGGAGUAUGGCAACGAGCGGGAGUAUAAUUACGGGCCGAAGGUGGGCAACCGGGAGGAGCAGCAGCAUUUGGAGGACGUGGGCGUUGAGAACAGCGAUAAGGAGGAGGAGCAGCAGCAGCAGCGGCGGGGAGGCAAAGCGGGGGAAGAAGUAGACGGAGAAGCGGAUGAAGGAGAAGAAGAAGGAGGAGCUUCUCCUCACUCACUCCCCCACGCGGGAAGGAAGGCAAAAGGUGCAGGCGAAAAGGGACUACCUGAGGUGAAAAAUGCACCCAGCAUGAGGGCGGCAAAAGGCUCAAAAAGUAUGGUAGACGCGAAAGGGGUUAAAAGCGCCAAGGUGACAUCCUCCCCCCCUGUGGAGGGGAAAAACAUGGUGAAAAUGAAAUCGGGGGCAGAUGUGAAAGGCGUGAAAAAUGUGACUGCAGCAGAGGUGAAGGAGGAAGCGCCAGAGGGGAAAAGCCUAACGAACGAAUCAGCAAAAGGAGGAGAAGAAGAAACGUGCGAAGAGAGCGAAGAAGUGGUGCAGGUAAAAAUCCCAGUGGCUAUAAAAAUACAUGAUUUGAAAGACAGCAAAAAUUUAAAAAACUUUUUAAGAGAAAUUGAAAUAUAUAAAAAUAUCCAACGCCCAAAUAUUUGUACCUUCUACGGAAUAUGCAUCAGAUCGAAUAAGCUAAUGCUGCUGUUGGAGUACUACGCCAAGGGGAACUUAUUUAAUUUUUUAAAAAAUAAAAAUAAAAUUCACAAAAAGCAGAGGUUAGCCUGGGCAUCCGAAAUGUGUUAUAUUGUACAUGGCUUCCACACACAUAACCCCCCUGUAAUUAAUGGAGAUAUUAAAACGUCCAACGUGUUAAUUGACAAUAAUAUGCACUUAGUUAUGUGCGAUUUUGGUAAAGCGCGAUUUAAGAACUCAAAACUUUACAGCAAUUUUGGCUCCUACAGAUAUAUGGCUCCUGAAACGUUCAGCUGCACAUCCGAAGUGACCGAAAAAAUUGACAUAUGGAGUUUGGCCUGCUGCAUCGUGGAAAUAUUUUCCAGCAAAUACCCCUACCAUAAUUUGUCGAAGAAUGUAAAGAUACGCCAUGAGUUGCUGGUUAAUAAGAAGACCCCCCACAUUCCAAACUUCCUGCCCAACUCGAUGAAGAAGUGCCUGCAGAGGUGCUUCAGCUUCACCCCCGAGGAGAGGCCCUGCGCGUACGAGAUGUACAAGUGUUUGAAGAAAAUUAAGGUCGUCGAGUGA